AUGUCCGCGAUGCCAGUCUCCGCAUCAGGAUCAAGAUCUCUGCCUGUCACCUCAAGGCAAGUUCAGAGCCGAGAAGGUGCUAACCCUGCGACGAUCUCCAGACUCAUCACUCCUCUGUUUCAAUGGAGUCUUGAUGAUAUAUCCCUUUCGAGCACUGCACUUCUUCUGGAGGUCUCCGCCUCCUCACUCAUAGAACGGAUCCGUGGAGAGCGCUUGAGCCGCCUCCCGUUUGAAGCGAGCUCUUAUGACAAUCUGCUGGCAUGGGCCCAGGCCCUCGUGGAGAGGCUGAACGCAGUGGAGGAGAUCGUCGAGCCAUUUAUGGCAGAUAUUUACCUUGCCACUAGUCUUGCGUAUGGCUACUUUGCCAUGCUCCUGGAGUAUGGAGAGGAUAAUGUAACGCCGCUGGGACUUGCCUUUGGCUUUUUCCAUGACAUCUCCGCCCCUUUGGAAAAUAUAUUGCGCGGAACAAGCCUCGACAGUACCGAAAAAAUCGCCGAGCAACUCGCUUUGGCCCUUGUUGAUUUAGUAACCCUCAUUGCUCGUUUCUCCGUUGGACUAUGCCAUGCUAUGCGCGGAUCAGGUGAUGAGCUCCACUCCAACUUCCACAAACAUUAUGCGGGCCAGAUCGAGACAUUUCGGAGUCGCUGCGAGAAGGUGAUAAUAUCGAUGCAAUCCGAUCUUGGCUUGCGCCCGAUGAUCGUGCGAUUGCGCGUCUCGACGAGAAUGUCUCAGUCCACGCCAUGGAACGGGAGGAGAACACCUGUUCGUGGAUAUCACCUUAUGUCCGACGAUGGCGAACGGAUCAAUGCGCUCAGAUCCAUAUUUUCGGGCGCUCGGGUACAGGGAAGAGUGUUUUGUCGCAAGCGAUCCUCAAAUACUUGCAACGGAAACGCGCUGCCUCCACUUCCCCGCGUCUGUAUCAGAUUCCCAGCAGAGGGCACCAUGCGUUCCAUUGCCCGGAGCCUCUUGCAUCAAAUGUUCAUUCAGUCCAUUGGUCACGUUCCACUCCUGCUACUACUGAGCGAUGCAUUCGACCGUAGUCGGCGGACCACAGACAGCGAUGAUUAUGAUAGCCUCUUGUGGGAUACUCUGAAGCGCGCACUGACAUGUCUCGCCCCGGGAAACGACCAAGUAUUCCUGGUCGUAGAUGGGGUGGACGAGGCCUUGUGCGAUGAGACGACUUUGCUGCGCAAGCUUCUCUCCAUCACUGCUGAGACAGCGAAUGUGAAACUGAUCACACUAGGAACCCAGAAACCUCCGAUAGCCAGCGGUCAGACCCUCUUGGAGGUGAGAGAAAAUCUGGUUUUCGGUGAUAUCUCCACUGUGGUUGAAAGCUCUUUGGUGAGUGGGAAUAUUUUCCCCAAGCUGCCCGGAAAAGAUAAAGAGGCUAUUAUCGGUGCUCUCACUGCGGCGAGCGAGGGCUCUUUUCUGUGGGCGAAGCUUGCCUGCCGGCACAUUCAUGACCAAGAAAGCCCCGAUCAACUUAGCAGGGCCAUGGAUCUUCUUUGCACCACCAAGCCCAGUGUCUCCGACAUGAUUCACCUUCGGUGCAACAUGGAGGACGUAAGCCUUGACGCCAGGCAUAUGCUGGCACUGCUUGCCGUCGCCCAGCGUCCUUUGAUUCCAGUGGAGGUCCAGACCCUGGCUUCUAUUCUCGUUGACCAGCAAACAAUUCCCGUCAGUGAUAGGAAAGAUGAAACCUUCGUGCUGCGGAAACUACGUCCACUUAACCGCUUGAUAUUCUUGUCGAACGAUGUGCUUUCAUUUCGACAUGCGUUGAUCAAAGAUGCAGUAUUGAAGCUCGUGACCGCUGGCCAUGUCCACCCCAACGAGGAUCCCGCCAUCGACGUCCUAACCCGACUUUUUAUCUGCCUCAAAUGCUCAAUUGGCGAGUCGAGCGAGCCGGCCCUCACGCCCCUUGAUCAAGACACGGCCACAAGCUUGCAGCACAGCCAGGCUCUCAUCCCAUAUGCUCUGCGUUACUGGCCGAUCCAUUACCAAAACCUGUCUGCCGCGACCCAAAGCCCUAUCACUCGGCUUGCAGAACGGUUUGCCCCCUACCUGCCGGUGUCGACAACGUGCAUCCGGCUCCAGAGCAUGGUCUGGGCCGGGCUCCCGCCGCCGGAGUGCCUCCGCUACCACGAGCUCUCGGCCGUCCUCUACCGCACGGCCCUGGGACCCAACCACGUGGCCACCCUGCAAUGUACAAUCCUUCUGGCGGGCUUGUACGAUCGACUCAAGCACGUCGACCCAGCCAGUCGGCUGUACUACGAUGCGGCGCUGAGGAGCCGGACGUCACUGACGGCGCGACAUCCGCUAACGCUGCAGUUGACCAGCCGAUUUCUGGACCUGACAUCAGGCCAAAAGAUCACCGGUGCCCAGUCCGAGCUCAUGCGUUGGAGAGGAGAAUGCUUGGCGCUCUCUGUCGAAUGCCACGAGCUUCAGCAUGGAGAGACAUCGGACGAGGCGGGUGCGGCGAGGAGACUUCUGACUGAGCAUCAACACCAAAGGCCGCGUGAAUAGCCCCAUACGAAACAAGGUCUGGUCUUCAA